UUGGCGUCACGUGGCCGGUGUCAGAGAGUGACAGCCAGGUUCUAAGCACAUUCGGUGGCAACUCGUGCUGAGUCGAAGCGGGAGACGUGAGCCUCGGAGGGCGGACUUCUUUUAAAAGAGAAAAAAAAAACAAUUAGAUUUUGUGUGCACCUUCAAAAGUCAGCGGAAAUGUUCAACAGCAUGCUGAGGGACUUCGACGAAGACCCUUUCUUUUCAGAUCCAUUUCAUGCUCACCGGGAGCAUAUGAGGCAGAUGAUGCGCAGCUUCUCCGAACCCUUUGGUGCACCUUUAAUGCCCAGCAUCACCGAUGGGAGAAACCGCGGACGUGAAGCAGCAGAAUAUCCAAGCUCAUCCCCCACACUAAGAAACGAGCACCGGGAUAUGAGCCGCUCUCUGUUGCCUCUUGGCAGCGCUGGCAGCACGGAGCUGACGCAGAACCCCUUCAGCAUGUUCGACAGCAUGAUGAGCAACAUGAGACACAGGAUGGAAGAGAUGAACAGAAACUUUGAGAACGUGUCAGCUGAUUCAGACACCCACGCGUUCAGGUCCUCGUCAGUAAUGACAUAUUCAAAAGUUGGAAAUGAGCCUCCAAAGGUCUUCCAGGCAACUUCGUCGACUCGCUGUGCCCCGGGAGGAAUUAAAGAAACACGCCAAGCCAUUAAAGAUUCUGAAAGUGGACUGGAGAAGAUGAAGAUCGGACACCACAUCAAGGACAGAGGGCACGUUGUUGAGAAGAAACACAACAGGAAAACUGGAGAGAAAGAGUUCAACCAGGACUUUCAGAAUAUGGAUGAAUCUGAAGCGCAGUCUUUUGACGAUGAAUGGCAGGAGGAGGUGUCCAGGUUUCAGUCAGCAGCCCCCAUGUCUAAUAUAAUGCAACCUCGGCUCCGUGCUGCCCAUCAUGCCGCCCUCCCUGGUCCUGAGCAACCCCACAGAGAUAAAAGAAAGAACAACUCUGGGGCUAAAGGCUCAGGCAACACCAAGAAGUAGAGAUGUUGGUGUGUCUGUCUUUAUGUUUAAUUAAAGUCUUUUAAGCAACUUA